AUGUCGUCCGACUACACCUAUGAUGAGCAGGGACAAUUCUUCCCCUUCUUCAUCUUGACCUUGAGCGGCCUGGUCACCCUUCCUCUCACCUAUACUCUCCUCCGACCAAGCAAAGAGCUUGAAAACACUGCUUCCCGCAUCAAAUCCGAUUUCAAACCCCAGCAUGCCGAGCUGGUCGAGGCGCAGAAGCGCAAGCGCCUGCGCAAGGAGCGCCGGAUCAAGCGCAUCAGCACGGUGAUCGUGGGCUACGUGGUCAUGGCAUGGAUGGUCUAUCUAAUUAUCGUUACGGCCCGGACCGUCACCAAACUAUACGACCCGUAUGAAAUUUUGGGCGUCUCAAGGAGCGCCGAUGAACGAGCUAUCUCUCGCCACUACAAGCGCCUGUCCCUCAUCUACCAUCCCGAUAAAGUCCGCCCCGACCCCGCCAAGAAUGAGACCAUGGAGACGCUGAAUGAGCGCUUUGUGGAGCUCACCAAGGCUUACAAGGCGCUCACCGAUGAAGAAAUCCGGAACAACUACCUCCAGUAUGGCCAUCCCGAUGGCAAGCAGAGCUUCAGCAUUGGUAUUGCUCUUCCUAAGCUUAUUGUCAUGGAGGGCAAUGGAAAGUAUGUGCUGUUGGUAUAUGGCGCUCUGUUGGGCGUUCUUUUGCCAUAUAUUGUCGGAAAGUGGUGGUAUGGUUCUCAGCGCUACACCAAGGAGCGUGUCCUUGUUGCUAGCGCCGGCAACAUCUUCCGCGAGUACAAGGAUGACAUUCUGGACGGUGGCAUUGUCACCGCUCUGUCCUCUGGUGAAGAGUUCAAGGAGAUGCUCAAGGGUGCCCAGGCUGAAGCUGGGCUAGCAAAAUUGGAGAGGAAGGUGCUGGCUGAGGACUCGACCUUCCUGUCGGCCAAGGACCGCGAAGCUUUAAAGCAAAUGGACAACUCCUCCCGUCGGAAGGCUCUGGCUUUGCUGUGGGCCUAUCUCGGCCGUAUCGAUCUUGGCGAUGCGACACUUGAUGCGGAGAAGUACGAAGCUGCUCCUAUUGCCCUUUCCCUUGGCGAGGCGUUUACGGCGAUUUCUUUGGCCUUUGGCAACCUUCGUCCGAUCCUCGGUGCUUUCCAGGUCUCUCAGAACUUGAUCCAGGCUAUUGCCCCGGGUUCGUCACCCCUCUUGCAACUGCCCAACUUCACCGAGGCAGUGGUUAAAUCCGUGGAGGGCGAGCACGCCAAGGAACACUGGACUGUUCAGAAGUUCAUGAGGAUGGCGGAGGAGGAGCGCCGCAAGCUUACUGUGGGCGCUGGUCUCUUGUCUGAAAAGCAAUACACCGACGCCGUCACGGUGGCACGCCAACUGCCUGCCCUAGACGUUUCCAAGGCAUUCUUCAAGGUCAUGGGGGAGAAGGUUAUCACCCCCAGCAGUCUGGUACAGCUGGUCAUCAAGGCACGGUUUAUCCCGCCAGGCUGCACUCAGGUGCCACAGGUGAAUGAGCUGGACCUGGAGGAUAUCGACCCUGAUGAGGAUGAUCUCGACGCGCUGAUGGGUCGCAAGCCGGCCAAGAACCGCACGACCAAGAUGGUCGACGGCAAGAAGGUCGAGAACAAGAUCGAGACCAUUCAGCCACCGCUCGCGCACGCCCCCUACUUCGCUCGCGACCACUCCCCCCGCUGGCAUGUCUUCCUUGCCGACGCCAAGCAGGGCAAGAUGGCCGUGCCGCCCUUCACAUUCACCACCUUCGACAAGCCGAUCCUCGACGAGGCCGGCAAGCCUACCUUCAACAUGCAGACCCUCAAGAUGCAGUUCCAGGCGCCUCCGCAGGUCGGCGACUUCACCUUUGUGAUGCACUUGCUCUGCGACAGCUAUCUGGGUCUAGACACCAAGAUGGAGAUUACCCUGCACAUCGACGAUCCCGCCAAGGCGGCUGCCUUGGAAGAGGACGACGACAUUAGCGAACCGGAUGAGGACUCCAUCGCCGGUCAGAUGCACGCGCUGAAGACGGGCCAGGCCCCGAAGCCCAAGAAGAAGGCCCCGAAGCCUUCCGACUCCUCCAGCGAGGAGAGUGACACCGACGGCGACGCAGCCGAUACCAGUGACACUGACACGGAGACGGAGGAUGAGGAUUGA